CGGCCGGGCUCCCGGAUCAGCUCGGCCCCGCGUCCCGGCGGAAGCGGGCGGGAAGGGGCGGGCCGGGCUGGGGCCAGCGUGGCGGGCAGCAGACAUGCCGCUGGCCAAAGACCUGCUGCACCCCUCCUUAGAGGAUGAGAAGAAGAAGCACAAAAAGAAACGUCUCGUGCAGAGCCCCAGCUCCUACUUCAUGGAUGUAAAAUGUCCAGGAUGCUACAAGAUCACCACUGUGUUCAGCCAUGCUCAGACUGUAGUUCUGUGUGUAGGAUGCUCAACUGUCCUGUGUCAGCCUACGGGGGGGAAAGCCAGGCUCACAGAAGGCUGUUCAUUUAGAAGAAAGCAACACUGAACACUUCAGCAUGUGGUUUUGGAUCUGUGUUCCCGAGAGCCUUACCAGUUUAAAAAUGCCUGUUAAUGCAACAAUGUAAUUAUUAUUGAUUUUGUAAAAAUGACACACUACUGGUGACUAAUAAGCUGGAAUCUCUUUUUCAAUAAAUGAUAUAAGUGCAAGUUUUUCCUGCAAGUUUGCAGGCAAACAGUGUUGUUAAA